UCUCAGAAGAACACUUUAGGACGAUAUGAGCGCAUCAGUGGCAGUACAUAGAAAUAUAUACACUGAGGAUCGCUUCAGACAGACGUAUGGUACGGAAGACCAGUCUGGAGGGAGAGAGCGGCUCCGCGACAGACUGGCGCAGAGAUGCAGCUGCUCUCAGGUGGACUGUCUUCACCUGCUCAAGAAGAGACUGCCCGUGUGCAGCUGGCUGCCAAAAUACAAGAUCAGGAAAUGGCUUUUAGGAGAUAUCAUAGCGGGGCUGACUGUUGGAAUAGUGCACAUUCCCCAAGGAAUGGCCUUUGCUUUGUUGACAUCAGUGGCACCUGUCUAUGGCCUUUACACAUCCUUCUUCCCUGUAGUUCUCUAUAUGCUCUUCGGCACUGGUCACCACGUUUCUACAGGUACCUUUGCUGUGUUGAGUCUGAUGACUGGUUCAGUGGUGGAGCAACUAGUUCCCAUCCCGCUCGCUCUGAACUCCAGUAGCCCAGAGGGCACAGAGUUUGAGGCCCAGAGGAUUGGUGUGGCAUCAGCUGUAGCAUUUCUCUCAGGCAUAAUGAUGCUCUGCAUGUGCGGGCUCCAGUUGGGUUUCCUUUCCACAUACCUCUCAGAACCGAUUGUUAAGGCAUUCACAAGUGCAGCUGCCUUCCAUGUGACCGUUUCACAGCUGCAAAGCAUGUUGGGAUUACGGCUACCCCGAUAUGCUGGUGCCUUCUCUCUUUUUAAGACUCUGGCUUCAGUGAUGGAGAAUGUGCCCAACACUAAUUUGGCUGAGCUGGUGAUCUCACUGCUCUGCCUGGCUGUUUUGGUGCCAGUUAAAGAGGUCAACUCACGCUUUCGGGAGCGUCUGCGCACUCCCAUCCCCGUGGAGAUCAUCACUGUAAUAAUUGCAACAGGAAUUACAUAUGCCUUUUCUUUGGAUUCCAAAUAUGACAUACAGAUAGUAGGACACAUUCCAGCAGGUUUCCCUAAGCCACGGCUGCCUGCAUUGGAGACUGUUCCAGAAAUUGCUGGUGACACAGUUGCUAUCACCCUUGUUGCCUACGCUGUUUCUGUAUCUCUAGCCAUGAUUUAUGCUGAUAAGCAUGGAUACUCCAUUGAUCCAAAUCAGGAGCUUCUAGCACAUGGGAUCUCAAACACUGUCUCAUCUCUUUUCACCUGCUUCCCCAACUCAGCUACACUGGCCACCACAAACGUACUGGAAAGUGCCGGAGGUCACACACAGCUUGCAGGACUGUUCACAAGUCUGGUUGUUCUUAUUGUACUUUUGCUGAUAGGACCUCUAUUUUACUUCUUACCAAAGGCAGUUCUUGCUUGUAUAAAUGUGACCAGCCUGAGACAGAUGUUCCUGCUGUUUCAGGAUCUCCCAGAUCUUUGGAGAAUUAGCCAAAUUGAUUUUAUGGUGUGGCUUGUAACCUGGCUCUCGGUAGUUGUGCUAAAUGUAGACCUUGGCCUGGCCAUUGGGGUGGUCUUCUCCAUGAUGACAGUUAUCUGUCGCACACAGAGGGCCAGCUGCUCUGUUUUAGGAAGAGCCGCCAACACGGAGAUCUACAGAUCCAUCAACAACCAUAAUAAAUGCUAUGAAGUCCCUGGUGUAAAGAUCCUGACCUACAAUGGGCCCAUCUACUAUGGGAACCGUAGCUUUUUUAAGGCUGAUAUGGCUCAACUUCUGGGCCUCACCCCUGAGAGGAUACGCAGCCGAGAGAAAGCCCUGAAGGCCAUGGAAAAGAGAGAGAGAGAGGCCAUUAGCUCUGUAGAGCAAGGAGUUACAGACAGUUCAUUUUCUUCAAAGAAUGACUUGUUCAGAUCAGAGAUGGCUGAGGGUGAAGUCCAGGCUGUGUUGAUAGACUGCAGCAGUGUCAUUUUCGUGGAUGUUGCAGGAGCUCGGUUAUUCAUACAGAUGUGCAUGGAGUGCCAAAAGUUCGGGGUACGGAUAUACCUGGCUAACUGCAAUGAGAGUGUACUGAAGAUUCUCACAUCAAGCGGGCUGAUGAACUACAUGAAUCCUCAGCAUAUUUUUGUUACAAUUCAUGAUGCAGUGGUCUACAUACAACCAAGUCUUCUGACUUCUCGAGGUUCAAGUGGCAUGAUGGCAGACCGAGAGAAACUUAAUUUCUGCUGCUUUGGCUUAUCACUCUCGUCCUCUGUUUUCUUUCUCUUCUCUGAGAAACCACCUGAGAACAACACAACGGUAUGGGUGUGA